AUGGUACCGCCGACAAGUUCAAAAUCCGCUUCAGCUCAACCUACGCCGACAAGUGCACCCAGAAGCACAAAAUCUACAUCCAAUAUGUCUCCCUCACAAUCUCCAAACCAUGUCUCAGAACAAUCAUUCGAAGAACGAGCAACCACCACCUCCCACCCCCUCUCCUCCUACCUCUUCCGGCUGAUGGCCCUCAAAAAAUCCAACCUCUGCCUCAGCGCUGACGUCUCAACCACCAACCAACUUCUCUCCCUCGCCGACUCCAUCGGCCCCUCCAUCGUCGUCCUCAAAACCCACUACGACCUCAUCUCGAACUGGGACUACAACCCCACCACCGGUACCGGCGCCCGACUCGCACGCAUCGCGCGCCGUCAUGGCUUUCUCAUCUUCGAAGAUCGCAAGUUCGGUGAUAUAGGCAAUACGGUGCAGAUGCAAUAUACAGAGGGCACGGCCAAGAUUAUCGAGUGGUCACACAUUACCAAUGUGAACAUGAUUCCGGGGAAAGCAGCCGUAGAUGCAUUGGCAGAGGCAGCAAUACGGUGGCGGGAGCGGAAACAAUAUGAAGUCAAAACUGACAUCUCAGUCGGUACACCACGCGCGGAGAGUAUAGAUUCAGAUGGCGAGGAUGAUACAGUAACACCCAUACCCGAGUCGAAUCUCGAGAUUGAGCGCGCAGGACGGAAAGCGAGUAUCGUAUCCAUCACAACAGUAUCGCAGCAUUUCGAACCGGUGAAUAGCCCGCGGUCGCACGAAGAUUACGAGGAAGAGGUCUUUGAAGGCAUUGAAGAGGCGCCAAUGGACCGGGGACUAUUGAUCCUAGCACAAAUGUCGAGUAAAGGCAAUUUCAUGAACGCAGAAUACACAUCAGCAUGUGUAGAGAGCGCGAGAGAGCACCAGGGCUACGUGAUGGGUUUUAUUGCGCAGGAAUCACUAAAUAGAGAACCCGGAGAUGCGUUUUUGAAUAUGACGCCCGGAUGUCAGUUACCUCCUGAACAAGACGACGAGGACGCGGAGAUUCAAGGCGAUGGGAAGGGUCAGCAGUAUAACACACCCGCGAAGAUCAUCGGGCUCGGAAAUGAUAUUGUGAUUGUAGGCCGCGGCAUCAUUUUCGCGGCGGAUCCGGUGAGGGAGGCGGAACGGUAUCGGAGGAAAGCGUGGGAGGCUUAUGAGGAGAGGAUUGCGUAA